UGACAUUGUACAUUUAGAUACCAACCGAUGUUAUUGUUUUCUGCACUCCGGGGCUUUUAGAUAAAGUUAUAGAUAUUGGAUAAUACUGUGAUAAAACGCUAAAAUACCGCGAGUUAGAUAGAAGGCUUGGCAAAAUACUGCAAGUAUCCGAAUCAUCAUGAGAACUCCUCACUACCUUUUCACUGCAGUUUAUGCAAUAUUUGUGGCAGUUGUUUGUGCCGAAGAAUACAGUGAAACGUUGGAAAUGAGAAAAUUGCCAAAUGGAUUAAAAUUGGGAGUGGCAACCGCAGCUUUUCAAAUUGAAGGCGGUUGGAAUGCAGCAGAUAAGUCUCCAAGCAUCUGGGACACCUACAGCCACAUCCCAGGAAAGAUAAGAGACGGCACAGAUGGCAAUGACACUUGCAAAUCCUACGAAUACUACCAACGCGACAUCCAAAUGCUCAAAUUCUUGGGAGUCGACUUCUACAGAUUUUCAAUUUCAUGGCCAAGGAUUUUGCCCACUGGGUUUUCAAACAAAGUCAGCGAAGAGGGUAUUGCUUACUACAAUAGAGUGAUAGAUGAAUUGUUGGCAAAUGGAAUCGAGCCAGUUGUCACCAUGUAUCAUUGGGACUUGCCGCAAAGUUUGCAAGAUUUGGGGGGUUGGCCCAACCCUCAUGUCGCCGACUGGUUUGAAGAUUAUGCACGUGUGUUGUACGACGCGUUUGGUGACAGAGUUAAGACUUGGAUAACAUUGAAUGAACCGAAGCAGUUUCUGAUAUUUGGGUAUGGACAGAAGAGAUUUGCGCCUGAUGUGUAUUCCCCGGGUAUUGGUGAUUACAUGGCUAUCAAGAACGCUUUGUUGGCUCAUGCUAGAGCUUGGCAUUUGUAUGAUAAAGAGUACAGACAAAAGCAGAAAGGCAUUUGCGGUAUAACAAUAGCAACCGAUCUCCGAGUUGGCGCCACUGAUGAUCCUGCCGACAAAGCAGCUGGGGACUUAGCAAUGGACUUCGAAGUCGGUUUCUACAGUCAUCCGAUAUUCUCGUCCACGGGCGGAUUCCCUGAGAAUUUGGUCAAACGCGUCGCAGAAAGGAGCGCUGAGCAAGGAUUCUCGAGAAGUAGACUGCCGGAAUUGUCGAAGGAAGAAAUUGAGUACAUAAAAGGAACAAGUGACUUCUACGGGUUCAAUCACUACUCUACGAAGUUCUUCUACGCUAGAAAGUAUGAACCAGGAAUGUACGCAGUACCCUCGUAUGAUGACGACAUCGGUGCUGUUGGGGACUAUGGCAGUUAUGAGCUGGCACCCGUUAUGCACACUACAAAAAUUCCCGAUGGCAUGCGAAAAGCAUUGAACUGGGUGAAAGAUAACUACAACAACCCGGUUGUGAUGAUCACAGAGAACGGCUACGGUACUUAUGGCGGGAACAAUGACAUUGACAGAAUAGAUUACUAUAGACAAUACAUCGACGCCAUAUUGGACGCCAUUGAAGUCGACGGGUGUAAUGUCGCCACGUACACCGCUUGGAGUCUCAUGGAUAACUUUGAAUGGGAUUCUGGAAUUGGGGCUAAGUUUGGUCUUUUUGAAGUGGAUUUUGAAGACGAAAAAAGGACUCGUAAAGCAAGAAAAUCUGCUCUAUGGUACAAAAAUCUCUUAGCCACCCGAACGUUAGAUUCAGGAAACGAACCAAAGCUUGAAGAAAUCUCUUUUUAAUGAUGCCAGUAUUAAAUAAAUAAAGUAUAAACAUGA